GACCUCGAAAAGUCAACGUCGCUCCUUUCGAAAGUCAACCGUUUUCUAGAUCCUGCCCUUCCCCUGUCUCGCCCUGACCAGCCAGCGGUGGAACCGUUCUCUAGCACUGCGACACAGCCUCCUUCGUCAGCCUUUCCAUCAGCACGAUGCUGUUCCCUGUCGGGUAAGACACAGCGAAUCGGCACUUGCUCAUCUUGACCACGUCAAGAUUAAGCACCACGUUUCUCUUUUAAGAGCUCUGUUUUCUUGUUCUCCUUGUUACCUUGUCUGCUGCCUCCGUUCGAUUCCACCGAUGGCGCCGACGAGCCACCGCCUCCCUCUUCGCCUGGAAGGGAACAUGCUGCUUCUGCUGCUGCUUAUCCCUUUUUCGGCCGCCCAGCCGUCCUCCAACACUCCCGGCAAUGAAAACUUCGGCGGCUACAACAUGAACAUCCGCAUCAACCCCAUCGUGGCCGCCCUCGUCAUGGCCUUCAUCUGCGGCUUCUUCUUCCUUGCAUUCUUCUCCAUCUACUUCCGCCGCUGCGGUGGCAGAUCCUCCGGCUACCUCCCUUCCUCUGCCGCAGCCGCCGCUUCCGCAGCGAGCGGCAGCGCCUUGCGCCGCGGCCUGGACCCGGCCCUGCUCGCCUCCUUCCCCACAAUGUCCUUCUCGGAGGCGCAGGCUCACCGGAAGGGGAAGGGCGGCGCGCUUGAGUGCGCCGUCUGCCUUUCCGAGUUCGCCGGCGACGAUACCCUUCGACUCCUCAAUCCAUGUUUCCACGUAUUCCAUGUAGACUGCAUCGACACCUGGCUCGAUACUCACGUCACCUGCCCGGUUUGCCGGGCGAACCUUUCUGUGCCGGCGAUCGACGGCGGCGAAUCUCCCCCGGCUAGGCCGGUCGCGGAGGAGGAGGAGCCGGAUUUGGAGGCCGGCCAAAGUCAUCCGAUCGAGUACCGGAGAUGGCACUCGACGGGUCAUGAAGGAGAGGAGGUGGACCGGCACCGACUGCACCUGCCGGAGCACGUGAGGAGGGAGAUCUUUUCGAUGGCGGCGGUGGAGCUGCGCAGGGCGUCGAGUGUCGCCGAGACGCGACCGCCAAUGAUCAGGGAAGGAAGCGUGAGGCGGGAAUGGGCAAGGAGCGGGCGGUGGGGAUUCCUCCUGCGGUCGUUCUCGGCUCGGCGGCGGCCGGAAGCGUCGCCGGCGGAGGGGUCCAGCAAGCGGGUCCACCCUUCUUCCGAAGUUCCGCUUUCCCCUAGAUUAGGAAGCUUAGCGGAGAAAUCCGAAUCCACUAGUACAAAAUCCGAUGCAAAGUCCAAACCCGCGAAAGGCCAAGACACGGUACCAGAAUCCGAAUCCGCAAAAGCGGAGGCGGAGCCGUCUUCAACUACAUCCACCGCGACGGAUCGGGUUUAACGUUGAUAGUGCCUUCCAUUUCUUUUCAACCCGAGUUUUUUUUUUAAAACACCCCGAAUGGUUUGUAAAUAACGAGUAUUUGCCUUUGGCGUGUCAUGUAGUAAUAUUGAUAGUAUUUUGGAGUCAAAGUCAAAAUCUUGGGUUGGUCAA